CGGACCCAUUUCUCAGUACACCGCCGUGCUCCGCUGUGCUCUCAGCCGGUGUGAAACAAACUGGGACCAGUCAAUCCCUGCCACAGUGAACAGACCGGAGAUGGCGCUGCGGGCUUGUGGCUUUAUUGUGUUUCGACGUCUAGCCAGUUGUAUUCCCCCAUCAGGUAACAUCGAGUACCUCCUCCUGCAGACCUCUUACGGGGAACACCACUGGACCCCACCCAAAGGUCAUGUGGACCCAGGUGAGGAUGACCUCACCACGGCUCUGAGAGAGACCAAGGAGGAGGCGGGGCUGGGGGCAGAGCACCUGCGGGUGAUCGACGGCUUCGUGCAGGCGCUGCACUAUGAAGUGCGAGGCAAAGCCAAGGAGGUGCUGUACUGGCUGGCAGAGCUGAGAGACCCAGGGACAGCAGUGACUUUAUCUGACGAGCACCAGGACUACCGCUGGGCCCAGCUGGAGGAGGCCUGCACUCUGGCCCGGUACAAAGAUCUGCAGGACACACUGAGAGCAGCACACAGACACUUACAGGCUCAGCAGGACAAAGAAUGAUGAGGCAGGAUUUAGACUAUACAGAGGAGAUGGUUCAAGAUGGGAUAUAACUGUCAACUGGCAUGCGAGUACCUACCUUAUUUUUGCAUCCAGUGUGAAUUAUAAUGAUGUUGACUCUUUCUGCUUUUACUGUUUGUCUUUGUUUAAAUACUUUAUCUCUACUGUGCAGUCUUAGGUGAAGACACAGUCGAUUUCCUUCUUUCAAAACAAAGUUGAGCAGGGAGGAAAUGAAUCAACGGUUGAAAACCGGAUUACUGAUAUGAUCUUUGUAACUGCACAGAAACAUUAUUAUCUGUGUCGUAUUAGUCACGUGUAAUGGGAUUAAAUACAUAAAUGUUGCUGAUUUGAAUGUGAAUAAAGUGAAAUACACAUGUGGAACACAAA